AUGUCUUUGUUGAAUAUCAUCUCCCUUGCGCUUGUCGUAGCGUUGACUCGCGCUGGUCCUAUCCUCAACAAUCCAUCCCGAGUCCUCCGCCGCGAUGCACCCGCGCCUUCUGCCUACCCGCUUGACAGUGCUUGCGGCAAUGAGUGGCAGUACCUGAACUUCAAUACCACCGUUGCCACUGACAGGGUCCAUCUCCAGACCCUUCACGAUGUCAUCUGCGGUGGCGAAAUGCGCGCCAUCUCCAGCUAUGGCCAAAUCUCGGCUCAGAACGUCAAUACGCCCUACAAACGCUACUUCCCGGAAAGCGACGACGAAGAUGACUACCCCACCAAUGUCAAAGAUGUCUUAGGUCUAAUCGCAGGCGCGAGCAGCACCGACGGAGCUAUCGGAACCGUUGUCGGAACGUUUGUUGUGGAUAAUCUUGACUUUGCCGCGAACGUUCCAGGGGCGUCUGACUGCACCGUCGAGGGCACCCUGGCCUAUACACUCGAGGACCAAGUCGACGACCUCGAGAAGAUCCAUUUCUGUGAUCUCUCGUGGACCCGUGGAGAAGCUAGCGACGUCGACUGCGCCUCUUUGGACCCCUUUCCUAGCACGAAGAUGGACUCCUUCUCGCGCAUCGCGUUGCAUGAAAUGAUGCACUACAGCUCCAUUGGCCCUAAUACGCCUGUGGGGGAGACUAUCGGAGACUGUAAAAACGGAGAUUCGGAGCCGGCGAACGAUCCUCCGCGUGUGCAUGGCCUUCUUGAUCCAAACCAAGACGAUAACCCCGCCGUCACUGAGAUCAAUGCCGAUAGCUACGCUUGGAUGUCGCUAGACGCUUGGAUGAGUCAAAACUGUAUCGCAGGUUCGGAUACUAACAACUGGGCAUCCUUUUUCACUCAGAACCCACCGCCGUACAACGAGUGA